UUUUGUUGAACUUGUUUUUGUUUAUACUGACUCCGUUGACUGGCAUGCACCGAGUAAGUUCUGGUUAACCUAAGUUCUGCAUGUUGGCUCGUGUGUAUAUCUUUUUAGAAAUGAGAUUUAAAAGUGAUUUAAAAUAGUUCAAUGAAAUUAAAACAUAUUUACUUCGAUUAAUACUUAUGAAUUUUAACUCCAUUUGAUCAUUUUGCAUUUUACCGUGUAUUCAUGUAUAGUAAUUCUGUUUCGUAAAUGAAGUAUAAUGCAUGAGAUGGGAAAAGCACUUACUCAAGCAGUCAGAAGUAUGGAUGAAAAAAAACUACUUCAGUUCGCACUUCAAAAUAGAUCAAAGAAAGAUAAGUUUUCCUUUAAAGAUGUUGUCAAAUGUCUUAGCACUGAUAAGAUAGAUGAAAUGUGUGAACAGCUUAAAUUGAUGAUUAUCAAACAUUGUGAAAUCAUGUUCAUUCAUAAGAAUGAUAGUUUUAAACAAACGAAGAUAAUUUCUGAGUCCAGCCGAAUACUCCUAGCUGUGAUAGAUAUUGCUCAAGUGAUAUUAGAUGAAAAUUUACCAAUUUCAGUAGCCUUUUUACACAUGAUUGUAUAUCUUAAUGGUAUUCUGCUGGACUUUCCUGCUAUACUGGAAAGUUUACAAAAUAGAGUUGCCCAACUCUGCGAAAAGAUGUUCCACAGAAAUUAUGUAAAUCAAAACCAGUAUUUUACUUUCAAUACAUUAAUAUAUUUGUUGAAGAGGACAUUAAGAACUAAAGCUACUAAAAAUCUCAACAAGCACUUAAUGUUUCAACCGAUACAGUCUACCAAGCAUGGAGUUCUUUUUUGUUCAAAGAAAGCAGAUUUAAGUCGUAUCUAUGCCUUGCGCUCUUUGAUACCCAAGAUCCUGACUAUGGAAAAUAUUAAUAAAAGUGACAUCUGGGAGUUGCUUAAGAAAAUUACUGCUUCCACUUUGUAUAGCUCUACGCCGAAGGGCCAAAAGAUUAUGACUAUGAUUCUUACACUGGACCCAGAUCAUGUGGCAGAUAUCCACAGUGCUAUAAAGAAAAAAAUUCCUUUAUGUUCUAAAUUACAAUCUGAGCAUUAUGGGAAGGUAUAUUAUGAUGCUUGGGUAGAUUCCAUUAAAACCAAUAAUGAAGCAAUGACAAAUGAGCUUGAGAUUUCCUGCAUUCAAGAUUUUGUUACUAUGGCCAUAUUAAGCAAACCAAAACAUACAGUAUUUGUUUUAAGAAAGUUGUUAGCUGUUAUUCAUGCCCACAAGAAAGAAACUUAUGUGUCCAAAAUGCUCUACCAUUUAUUUCAGCCUGUUUUGUGGAUGUACUUAAAACAUCCAGAUGGGUUGUACAGAGCACAUGCUGCAGCACUGUUUUUUGAUGUUUUCCCUCUUGAAGAUCCGGAGAACAAAAUAGUUACCUCUGAUCAGGAACUUAAUGAGCAGUUUCUGAUGAUCCAGGAUCUUCUCAUAGAUGAAUAUCCAGUUGUACGUAUUACUACUGUGAAAGGUCUCUGCAUAACUAUGAGUACGAACUGGGAACUCUUUCCUGAAGAUACACUGAAAACAUAUUUCAAAAUUAUCACCAAUGAGCUCAGCUACGAUUCUUCAUCAGCUGAAGUGAGAACUGCUGUUGCAAAGGGUGCUCGAGCGCUUUUAGAAAACGUCCUUACUAUACCAACAAUGCAAAUUGUGCUCCCUAAGUUAAAACACCUCUUCCAUGAUAUAUCUGAUUCUGCAAGAAUAGCUUUUUCUCAAGUUCUCCUAAAAAUCAAAAAAAUUUCAGCUAUAAAGUAUUUUGAUGUUGUCCCCUUGGAGGAGCUUCUUGCUAGAUUGGAAGAAGAUCCAGUAACACAGAAAAUCAUUGUGAAUUUAAUCUACAACAGCUAUUUCCCCCGAGAUGCCAACAUCGGAUCAUUACUUCUGAGAAGUGCCAACAUCAUUAAACACAGUCCGGCCGCAUCCAGGGUCUUCUUUCUCUACAUACCACAAUUCCAUGGACUUCAAGCUAUAGUAAAAUUUAUAUGUAAAACCAUGUACUCCAUUCACUUGUUUGUAAUGAAGGAUGUCAAAUUAAAGGAAUGUGCAGCAAAGAAGAGAGCCAGGAAAGAAUCAUUUGAUGAUCUGGAAGACAUUUAUAAAUUGGGAUUUGCUUGCGGAUUUGACGAUGAAGUGGUUGUGGGUGGUUUCAUGGAAGCUAUUGUGAUAAUGUGGCUGGCCUCUCUAAAUGAAUUAAAAAAAGAAGAAAAUAAGAAGUUGCUGAAACAAGCAGUUGGGGAAAUAUGCAAAUGCCUUAAAGAUCUUUUGUUUUACUAUAAGGGAUCUAAAAUCUUUCCCAGCGUUGCUUACCUCGGUAGUCAUAUGCCAUAUGAAAACCUUCCUUGUCUGGGCAGCUUUUGCUUCAACCUCCUUCAGAAUGAGAUGGAUGAGGAAACAACAGAUCUAGAAGAGUACACAGAUGUCAUUCGCUGUUUGUGCAAUCAGUAUCAUGAACGCGAACUUCUUUCUCUUUUGAAGGAGUGGAUAAGAGACGCUUUUUUUCAGCCCGCUUUUCCUAGCAAAAGAACAAAGAAAAGGAAAGGGCAGUCAAAAAAUGAAGCUGCCACAUCAAGGCAUAAGCUAGGAGCCAAAAUCCUUUUAUUUCUUUUAAAUGAUUCUUUGUGUCAAAGAAUCCUUCUCUUGCAUUCAAUGAACGAGCUUAGUAGUUUUCUUGGUUUAUUUGAUCCUCUAAAAAAAAGAAUUGAAGUCUAUCAACUGAAAUAUAUUCCAGAAGUUGAAUUAGAGUUUAUGAAAGAUUUGUUUCACAUUCUACUGAAGAUAGUUUCCCUCAUGAAUCAGGAGAACUUUGAUUGCAAAAGCAUUGUAUUUUUGGAUACUGUUGUCACAUGGAUGCAGAACACUCUUUGCAGCUUAGCCUGGUCAAAUAAUAAUCUUCCCAGGUCAAGUAAGAAACAAAAUCAAGCUUCCUAUUCAUUUCAAAAGUUAUCUGUAUCCCUAUGCAAGGUUUUAUGCUCAAUUAUUGGUGAAUUAGUGAUCUUAGGAUUUCAUUGUUUAUACUCCUGCAAAUACUUGAGGUUUGCUAUAACGCUUAUAGAAACUGAAGAUGGACCUUCCAUGAUUGCACACGUGUCCAACCUGUUGACUAAAUAUAUCACUAUGGGAAUUUAUGCGUUUUCUGUUGAGAAAGAUGAUAAAGUUAUCACCUUAGUAUCUGAUUGUUUUAGAAAAUUUAUCUGUUGCCUUAGUGAUGAUUUUGUAAAUGCCUUAUCCACUCAUGGUGUUCGAGAACUUCAGAGCAAUUUAUCAAACUCCCUCAUCACGAUGUUCUUAUACGGUGCGUUGAAAAAAGUUGAUGUCAUGAUUUGUUUUGUAAAAAAUAUUUUAUCUAGCAUUAGGAAAACAGUAGUUGAGAGUCAAGAUGCUAUUUUUGAGAGUUGUGAGCCAUUUUCGAAAAUACAAAUUUCCAAAUCAAGUGCUUUCCUUUUAACUACUAUGUUUUAUAAACAGAAAAUCUUGGUAUGUUUCUUCCAUCAUCUGGAUAAACACCUUUCUAAAUGUGAAAAAGAUUCUGAGAUGUGGCUUUCAUCUUACAUUAUUAUUCUUCAAACCACAGAAAUUAAAAAUGCAUCUAAAAACUUGAAGAAAGAAGUUAAUUGUUUGUGUAGUAGGUUAGAAAAGAAUCUCCAUGAACUCUAUCCACUCCAUCCAGAACAACUCAUCUCUGUUGCAGAAAUGCCAUUGCAUGAUGAUGAACGUCCAAAACAAAGUUUUAAUAUUCACUGCCACCUGGAAUUAAGAAGACUGAAAAAUCUUUUACAUGAGAAGAUGUAGUGAAAAGUAUUGUGAUAUGUACCUAUUUUUAUGCUUCAUUUUUAUCGCUGUAUGUUUCUAUUGGUGUUAAAUUAUUAUUCCAUUGAAAGUUAUACUCAUCUGUUACAUUUUAUAUUAAUAGUUCCUCUUUGUAUAUAUAACUCUUCCAUCUGGCAUGGUUUUUAUUAUAUAUUGUUGAUUCGAAAUUUAUUGUAAAUAUUUCAAAUGAUUAAGAAAUAUGUGAUCUUCAAAUCAAUAUGUUUCUAUAUUUAAAAUUUUAAAAUAAAUGGUUUAUUUAUUACAA